AUGUCUCCUUGCGCCCCAGAAAAAAAGGUUGUGAUCAUUGGAGCGGGUGUCGGGGGGCUUUCAUCUGGGAUUGCCCUGAAACGUCGGUUAGGCUUUGAGAACUACGUCAUUUACGAGAAGGCUUCAGCUAUUGGAGGUUGUUGGAGGGCCAACACAUACCCAGGCUGUGCUUCAGAUGCUCCUAUUCACUGGUAUAGUCUGUCGACAGACUUGAAUCCACUUUGGGCCAAGUCCCAUGCUACACAACCAGAAAUCCUAGAAUACUGGAAAGGACUUGCGCUGAAACAUGAUAUGUAUUCGAAGAUUACAUUCAAUACGAAGGUGGUGUCAGUGGAAUGGGAUGCAACAGAACAGAAAUACAACAUAGCCGUCCAAGAUAUCCAAUCAGGUUCCUUGACUUGUACGAAGGCCGAGAUAGUGAUAUCAGCUACUGGAAAUCUCGAGGUGCCUCACUUCCCUUCUGAUAUCCGCGGAAUGGAUACCUAUAAGGGAACUUUGCUCCAUCCCGCUCUUUGGGGGGACGGUAUUGAUUUGCGUGGAAAGCGUGUAGGUGUAGUCGGCAGCGCUUCUUCAGCGGCACAGCUCGUCCCGAGCAUAAGUGAAGACCCCUCUGUCGAAGUGGUCAAUUUCAUACGCACGCCUUCAUGGUUUGUAUCACGACCACAUACGCCAUAUACGUCGAUGCAGAAAUGGAUAUUUGCCAAUGUCCCGUGUGCGAUGCGAUUGCAUCGGAAUCUGUUGAUGAUAUCUGUAGGUGCCCUUGAUCAUGGGGAACUGAAAGACUACAUCAAGAGGAACGCGCCCAGUGAAUAUCACGAGAAGCUCAUUCCAGCUUACCCGCCGGGAUGCAAACGAAGCGUCGCUGAUAGUGGUUAUCUGUCGAGUUUCCAUCGUAAGAAUGUGACAUUGAACUUUGACGGUAUAUCAGAAAUCUAUGAAGAUGGGAUCAUUACAAAGACAGGUGAAAAAGUAUCUUUGGAUGUCAUCGUCUUUGCCACCGGUUUCAUAGCGGACAGAUUUCCAUUACAUGUUAAAGGAAUGCAUGAUCAAACUAUCCAAAGCUAUUACCAGUCUCAACAAGGUCCGACGGCCUAUCGUGGUACAAUGAUCCCUGGAUUCCCGAAUUUAUAUGUACUCGCAGGUCCCAAUACUGUUGUUAGUCAUGCUUCUACCCUCUUCGCAGAAGAAGUCCAAAUCGAUUACUGUCUUCAAUUGAUUAAACCCGUGAUUGAUGGACAUGUCUCCUCGUAUGAGGUGACAUCUCAAGCCUCGGACGACUAUAAUCAAGGGCUUCAGGACAAGCUCACUCGUUCUGUCUUUAUGCAGUGCGUGUCCUGGUUUCGCACAGACGGGACCGGUAAAGUAUUUAGCCCCUUUCCCGGGACUGCAACCCCUAACAUUGUGCCGAAGGUCCAAUUUGCGAUCAAGAUUAUAGGAGGGACACUGAAUUCGAAAUCAGUGUUCUGAUAUCUGCGAGCCUCGUUCAGCAAGGUUCCCAAGUUCCAUCUAUAAGAAUGUUCUCGUGUAACACAAGAGUAUGACUGUUGCGAUUUAGUGAAGUCUAUUGCAUUAUCAGCUGUCAUAUACUGAGAUAGGUCGGCA